AUCAUCUGUCAGAUUUCAGCAGAGCGAGAAGCUGCUGCUGCCGUCCAGGGCCGACUAGCGACUGAGACCUCACUGCCAAGAUGUCCGACGAAGAGCAAGAACAGACCAUAGCCGAAGAUUUGGUGGUCACCAAGUACAAAAUGGGUGGUGACAUAGCAAACCGUGAGUAAAAUGUAAUCAAAGUCGGCGAUGGUAACUGCAGGAGCUGACCUGCUGCUCUCGGCCUGCUAACGUUAGUCCCCCCACAGCAGAGACAGACAGCCAUGUGGUUUUUACCUGCCGAGCGCACAUAUGCUAUCCUAACCGGCUCGCUAGCUUACUAGCAGCUGCAGCUGGUUCGGUCGGGAGAAACUCCUCUGGUUUAUUUACUCAAUACUGAGCUUAUUAUUGAAGUAACUGUGUACGUCCAACUAUUACUGACUCUCAGAGCUAGCGAACAAGUUAACGUUAGCUCAGUUUGUUUCCUAGCAAAGUCUGCUCAACAUGAAAACGAUUUAUAAGAAACAAUUUGAGAUAACAUGCUGUUUACAUUUUCAUUUCUCACCUUUUUGAUAAAGCUUAAACUCUUAUUCUGUCUGCUCAAGUUUGUUUUAUCGACUUUUAGAUUAUGUAAGGUCAGUAACGUAACUUAUAAACAGUAUAAUAUUACAACUUUAAUAUUACUCCAUCCACUUUCUUGUCUCCCGGGUAUUUGGAAAUCUGCUUGUUUUAGUUUGUUUAUUUAAAUCUACAAAAUAUGGCAAGAAGUCAGCCACCCAAAGGUCAAAGAACUAAAAAAGUCUAGUGAUGAUGCUAAUCAGUAGGGCUGGGACGAUAUUCUUUUCUCCCGAUUCGAUUCUUGUACGAUUUUUUGAAUGCUGAUUCGAUUUAAAUCGUGAUUCUACGAUAUUGUUGAUCUUUUGUCUGCAUUAUUAACACCCGUGAAACAGUUGAAUGUUUAUGAUUGUCAACUGCCUAUUCCAGAAACCAUAUUUCCCCCAAAAAAUACACAUCACAUGUAAGUCAGUUUUUAAAUGUAUUUUAUUCCUGACUUAUUUUUACUUUUUGUCGCAUUUGUCAAGGAUAGCUAAAAGCUACCGUGUGUUUGAGAAAUCGUGCAGAUGCAGUAGAAAAAAAAAAACUUUUAAUGAAACAAAAAUGUGGUACAAAAGUCCCUUUAUUAGCAUAAACUUCACUUUUUUUAAGUACAAAUCUUGGCAGCUGCUUAGAAAUGUGUGUAAGGAGGAAGAGAAGUAAGAAAAUAUUAAAGUUGAGACAGCGUUAGUGAGGAAGAUAAGAACAAAUCCGAGAACAUUUUCUACAUUUAGUAAGUUCAGAGGAAAUGAUUAUAUUUAAAAGGUCAUUUUCUUGUUUGUUUUUUUUCUUCUACUUUUAUGACACUUCUACAUUUUUAGUUUUUGUUGGUAUACUCAGACAGGUGACUUUAAAGUAGUUGGAGUUAUAUUGAGUGGUGUUAUGUUGAUGGUGUUUAUGAGUGCAUUAUAGUGAAGGGUGUUAAUAUGGAUAACACUUGACAACACAGCACCCUCCAGUGCUCUACCACAGUCCACUUUUUCGUAAGUAAUAAACAUAAAGUAAAAAUAGUACAUUGGAUAUCUCAAGUGUUAUACUACAGAUAGUCGGUGUUUAUUUAUUGUGUGUGGGCAUUUGUGUUUAUUCUUUUGCUGGUUGUCGUAAAUACAAAGAUUUUGCUCUGCUACAGCUGCUGUUGUUGCCUCCCCUAAUGGUUUACUGUUUGUCUGAUUCAGAGGCCCUACGUCUGGUGGUGGAUACUGCAAAGCCAGGAGUUUCAGUGCUUAGCCUGUGUGAGAAAGGAGAUGAAUACAUCAUGGCUGAGACUGGGAAGGUCUUCAAGAAGGAAAAAGAAAUGAAAAAAGGUGAGGAAGAGAAAAUAUAAGUUGACUUGUUUUUAUUUUAAUGAAGAGUGGUGGACUCAUCAAACAGAGUGACAGUUCACUCUGGCUCAUCUAGUUCUAACUACCAGGUUAUUAAGACAACUAAUAUGUUUCUUUGUUGAGCCAAGAAUCAGCCCCUCCAUCCAUGUGUACUUUGUUUUGCUAGAUGAUUUCCAAUUGAAGACUUGGUGGUUCUCUUCUCCCUUUUCUAGGCAUUGCCUUUCCCACCAGCGUCUCAGUCAAUAACUGUGUUUGCCACUUCUCUCCCCUGAAGAGUGACCCUGACUACACACUUAAAGAUGGGGAUCUGGUCAAAAUGUAGGCACCAUGCUCUGCAAUAAAUGUUUCUCCUUUCUUUCCCACAUGUGUAUCAAGUCUUCCAGUGUGUGGUCCUCCCUUAUGUGUGUGUCAUAUCUUGGCUUGUAUGUGUGGGUUUUAUCUUUUGCUUUUGACUGUCUGCCUUCACCAGUGACGUAUAGUCUUUCUGUCUGUCCUGUGUGGCAAAUGACAAGUAAGAUAGGACACUUUGUGAUCAGGUCUGUGAGGGUUCUGACUCAUCCAACAACAGAGUAAUUCAAAAGGCAUCUGGACUUCCUGUUUGACUUGGACUGAAUGUUUGAAAACCUAAACUGAGUCCAGUUGUAUUGGAAUCAACUUUGAAAUUUUAAGACAAAUAUUUCUUUGUACAAUUGUUUUGGAUUGAAUUUAGGGUGGCCAUCCACCUGCUUAAUUCAGUUAACCCCCUGGAAUGUGUUAUGCCAUCUUAUUUUAUUUGUUGUGUUGCCACAUAUGUCUUUGUCCUCUGUUUGUCAUUUGUGUCUUGUGUACAUGUACAAUAUUUUGAAGCUUUUUUUUGUUAGCUCAUGGUAAUACGGCUAUGCACGGUAAGUUUGUGUGCAUCUCACUUUAAGAACACUCCCAACUUGACCCUCUGGCUGGGCACGUCCACUCAAUUUGCUAGAGUCUGCAGUGCUGUCCCCUUGAAUUCACAAUAAGUCCUUUACCGUAUUCCAGCUGAUGUACUGCCAAAAAGAAAAUCACCUUGGAAUUUAAUGGCCACUAACCGCCUUAUUUUUGUCUAACUUUAAUGGUUAUUGUUGAGACUAAUUUCCCAAAGUGGAAGGUAGUUUUCAUCCUGUCUUUGCAGAGUUGAUUUGAUUGUUUUGUUAUUUUCUAGUAAAUGAGUAAUUUUGACAGCUGGGUGGCAGUUAAACUUACAAUGAUUCUGAAGUCUGACCAGUUUACGUUGUUGUGUUGCUUUUUUAAUCUCACAUCUGUUUUUUCACUCUUUUUCUGUAGAGAUCUGGGGGUUCACGUGGAUGGCUUCAUCGCCAAUGUUGCUCACAGCUUUGUUGUCGGAGCCAGUAAGGUAAAAGUCUUUUUUCAUUUAAAAUACUGUUUUAUUCUAGCGUGACAUCUCAAGACCAGCUCAUGUAUGCAACUUCUCAGUUUAAGUUUUGAUAUCUAAAAGGGAUUGUCAGUCAGUCAGACCAAAAUGCCUCUAGACUUUUCAACCCAUGACAGAAGAGGAAAGUGUAAGGUAGCGGUUAGCAAGCUAUUUCCAACAAACAAGUCACGUUUGAUUUGGCAUAUUUAGUUAAAAUUUUAAUAACUUAAAUCUAUCACUGUCUUGUCUUUGUCUAGAGUUCAUAACACAUCCACAGAAUUGUGACUCAGCUUUCUUAAAUGUUUAUGAAAAGACUUCACCCGACCCACUGAUAAGCCUUCAGUUCUCCAAGCUCAGCUGUUCCCCCUGCUGUCAUGAAUUUAGGAGUCCACUCCACAAGGUCUUUUCCUAGUUUUUUUUUUUGUCUUUAUUUGAAGACAAACUUCAUCUACUCCUCCUUUUUUGUCUUGUUUGUACAGGAGAAUCCCAUCACAGGCAGGAAAGCUGAUGUUAUCAAAGCAGCCCACCUGUGUGCAGAGGCAGCUCUUCGCCUUGUGAAACCUGGUAACCAGGUAAAUGUCACCAUUAUCUCAGUGUUUGUAAUGACAAGUCUCUUUUUACAAAGUGGCAACAGGUAUCCUUCAAACCCAAUAUUGUCUUCUGUUCUUCCUUUGAUAUAUAGUUAUAAAAUUAUGGUGCUCCUAAUAAUGGCUUAUCAUUAAACUUAACAUGAUUGGCUUAGUGUGGACCACAUUACAGCUGUUAUUGGCUUCAGUAUCACAUUGGUUGUUUUGUGCAAAUCAGAACAGAAAUAAAGGUAAGGUUUGCAUCUUACUCUGUUUCUCAGAACGCUCAAGUGACAGAAGCCUGGAACAAGAUCGCUCAGUCCUUCAAAUGUUCACCAAUUGAGGGUGAGUGUCUGAUCAAAACACUGUGCCUCAGUGUGCCUCUGUGUCAUGGAAAAGACAUUCAGGCCAACCACGAGCAUUCGCAUUUCGAUGUCUUUGUCCUUUAUUACCCUCUUUAAAUCCUCUCAGACAGGAUCAUGUAAUAGGAAAAUGUUCACUGGCUUCACAGAAAAAUCAAACGUUUCCUGUUCAGUGUUCACUCUUCUGUCUGUGUUUUGAAGGUAUGCUGUCUCAUCAGCUAAAGCAGCAUGUUAUUGAUGGAGAGAAGACCAUCAUUCAGAACCCCUCAGACCAGCAAAGGUAAAGCACUCCCCCCCCCCCCCCCCUCUCUGUAUGCAGGACAGAGACUGUAAUUCCUGAUGUAUUAGCCACUGACUUUACUUCCGCCUUUUGCUGCAUGUCAUCCCCUGCUCUUGUUUUCUGGCCUGUCUUUGGUUUUCCUUUCCAGUAAAGGCAAAACGGUUCAGUCUUUAGCUGAAUGUUUCUGUCACAGGGCAUAAAAAAAUCUGUCGCAUCUCAUCCUGAAGUUGUGCAGUUUAUCCUUUUAAAAGGCUGAAAAAAGACAUUAUGAAAUUAAAGAGAUUGUUGACUCUAAUCUUUUCUGGAGCCUUUGUGCACCAACUACAGAAUAUUAGCUGCUCCUUUGCAUAGACCAUUAGUGCAGUCAAAUCCCUUUUCCACUCAGCAUGUUUGUGUUGUUAUUUUUCCCCUUUUCUUUAUAUGUGGAUGAAAAGUUUAUAAAGCUGCUGUUUAAAGUUGUUUUGUGCACGGUAUGUAACCAUUUGCACAUUACCCUGUCCAGCAGAAUAUAAGUGUUAGCUGUAUGUGCUGUGGUUUUAAAGGGAUAUUGCUUCAACAGUACAUAUAAGGUCCCAGCCACAGCACUAGCCACCAAACAUCUUUUUAACUUUGACUUAUUUCUUUAGCAAAGAGACUAAACAAGACUCACCUACUCUCUUCCAGCAGCCGCUUGUCUGUAGCGAGACCUCGACAAGUCCAUCAUCGACUGAGGCGGGGUGACGCAGCUCAAGGAAGAACGUUUAUGAUAAUUACUUUAUCAUUUCCUUAAAGUAAUAAUCACCAUAUUAUUCAUUUUGCACUGCAGACGUGGUAGCUCUUCUGCGUUAGUGUCUCAGUCUGAUUGCAUUUCCAGAAAUCAUAAAUGAUCAUAAAUGUUCUUCCUUGAGCUGCGUUCGGCCGCCUUAGUCGAUGAUGGACUGGUGGAGGUCUUCCUACAAACAAGCAGCUGCUGGAAGAGAGUCUACAAACUCCUCCUGCUCACCUACAAAGCUCUCCAUGUCCUAGCCCCAUACUAUCUCUCUGACCUCCUCAAGGACUACAUCCCGGCGCGUACUCUGCGGUCUGCAGACCUUGGGCUCCUCACUGUCCGCUAUGGGAAAAGGCGAUCCCUUGGUGACAGAGCCUUCAGUGUGGCCGCCCCUCCUCUCUGGAACUCUCUCCCCUCUGAGAUUCGCCAAGCACAGACUCUUGACUCUUUCAAGUCUGCUCUGAAGCGACACUUGUUUAUCCAGGCUUUUGGUAUUUAGUUUUUUUUUUUUGUAGUGUGUUGUUAAGCGCCUUGGGUAUCCUGAAAGGCGCUAUAUAAAUGUAAGAUAUUAUUAUUAGGUGAGUUGUGUUUAGUCUCUUUGCUAAAGAAAUCAGGCAAAGUUAAAAAGAUGUUUGGUGGCUAGUACUAUGGCUGGGACCCUAUAUGUACUGUUGAUGAAGUUCGGCGCUGUUCUGAGCAUUUGUGGCUAUAGAGUGGCGUUUUGGUUGAGGUUUGUGUAUGGCUCCUCAGACCGCUGUGUAUUGCUAUCCUGCGGUCGUUACUAAAGUUGGUAUAACUCGAGAAGAAAGCGGUCGGCAACAUUCAUCUCUGAAAGGGGGUGUCUAACUCAGUGUUACGGUGUGUUUGACCCUAAAUCAAUUUUACACCUGAAUGUCCCUUUAAUACCCCUGUCUGAGCCUCAGUAUCAUGGAAUUGAAGGAAAGUUGUUUUUGUGCUGAAAACUAAACUGCAAUUUCAACUGACAAACUUUAAAACACUCAAAUUUACAUUCAACUGAAACUAUCACCCGAGUAUUCACAAGUCACUCAUCUUUGUGUCUGGCUCCUGUUGACACUCUCAGAAAGGACCAUGAGAAGGCAGAGUUUGAGGUUCACGAAGUCUACGCCGUGGAUGUGUUGAUAAGCACUGGAGAAGGCAAGGUGAGUGUCCUCUCUUAUUUGAACCCUUCUGAUUCUGCAUUAGCAAAUAGACGCAUAGGUGGAAGGAAACAUUUUGUGUGUAUUCUGCCAUUUCCUUCGUAGGCCAGGGAUGGAGGUCUGAGAACCACUAUCUAUAAGAGGGACCCCAGCAAGCAAUACGGCCUUAAGAUGAAAACUUCCCGUACAUUCUUCAGCGAGGUAGAACGACGCUUUGAUGCAAUGCCCUUUACUCUUCGGUAUGAACAGCACAUUUAAGAUUUCCAUGGUCAUAUAGUUUGUGUCAAAUCUAAAGAGAUUUGAUUUAAUAAAUUUUUUGUCCAUCAGAGCUUUUGGAGAUGAGGCCAAAGCUCGCCUGGGUGUGGUGGAGUGUGCCAAACAUGAACUGCUACAGCCUUUCAGCGUGCUGCAUGAGAAAGAAGGUGGGUGUUGACAGUUCGCUAACAGUUCGCUAACAUGUUUAUUUUGUUUUCUUCUUUUCUGACUGCUGCUGUCUUUCUCUGCCUUGUUCUUCAGGAGAGUUUGUAGCUCAGUUUAAGUUCACAGUGCUGCUGAUGGCCAACGGGCCUCACAGAAUCACCAAUGGACCCUUUGACGCAGAGCUCUAUAAGUCAGAGCACGAAGUUCAGGAUCCAGAGCUAAAGGUAGGAUUGUGUUGUGAAACUGAAAGUCGUUGCAUAGAUUUUUUUUUUUGCUUUAUACCAAAAUGCCACCCCUCUGUCACAGGCUUUACUACAGAGCUCUGCCAGUCGUAAAACACAGAAGAAGAAGAAAAAGAAGGUAAAUCAUCACUUUAGUGAGGAACAAACAAGGAUUUAUUUGUUUUCUGUCAUCCAUACUGGAUGUCACUGAUUGGUUACCUCGCUUUUCUCCUAUCCUGCAGGCCUCAAAGACAGCAGAGAAUGCGACUGGACAGCCAACUGAGGAAACAGAAGCUGUAGAAUAAAUAAUAAAUUAAUGAAUAGCUGCCUUUUCACACGCGCAAGACCCCAAAGAGAAGCAAGAAGGAACAUGACAAAUUGCCCAAAGCGCUCUGUCCAUUACAAACCUAAUUAGAGGCGAGUUCCUGAUUUCAACACAGAAACUUUGAUGUUUAAUAAAUAUUUCAAUAUCUUUCAUGUAUUCUUAACCCUUUACUGCAUCUGGAGAGAGUCAGAGUAAAGUAUCUCAUAUUUUUCUUACCCAAUGUGAGUGAGAAGUAUGAAGCUACAGUGUAACAUCUCUCAGAAGUCUUGCUGCCAAAGGCUUAAAUGUGCAAUCUGUGCCUAUUUUAAAAUCCUUAGGUCCUUCUUAUAUGCAGCUGCAGCUAACAGUGGGCAUGAAAAGGAGUGGAUCAGGCUUUUUCUUCUGAUUCAAGCAUAGAUAAGAGAUUAUUGAAAAGAUGCCACCAGAUACUUGCAUAUGUUAUUUUUUUUUUCUUUACUGAGUCGUCUUGGGUUCUGUUGCUAAAAUGGGAUCACGGCUGAAUCAUUACACCGUUUCCCUUUGGCAACAAGUGAAAACAAUCUUAUCUGAUCAAAUGCUUUGUGGAAAAUUUAUUAGCACUUUGUCAACUCUUUUUAGUGAAACAAGAGGUAAAAGCAUUUGAAAAAAUCUUGGCAAUAUUCGAACCAUUAAAAUCAUGCAGUAAAGGGUUAUACUAUAAGUGCGUCUCACUCAUGAAAUGACAAAGAAAAAUGAUAGAACUAAAGUAAUUACAGGGAUUAUAUUAGAAAAGUUGAUGAUAAUGUAGGGAGGGUUUUUUUUUUUUGCCAUGCCUCAGGCUAAAGCUAAUGUUUUAUCUCCACUAGAUUUUGUUAAAGCAAUAACCCGAACAAAAGACUGGAACACAUUUGAGUCGACAAGCUAGUUUGACAGCUUGACUUUAGGGAACAACUCUGCUACAUUUACUGCCAUUCCCUUUGAAUUUUAUGAAAAGAUAGAAACCCUAAAUGUUCCAAUUUUGAACAACUUUUUUAUUAGUCACACCUGUUUCUCGCUUUAAUACGUCAUUAGUCUUGUGAAGCAUGAAAAGUGAAGCUAAUAAAGCUUUUAAAGAUGGUUUCAUGGGUGUUGUCAUGGACCACUGAGAACAUUUCAGGUCGGAGUUUUAUCUUCAGAUCUGGGACAGUGUAGGGUCAUAUUUGUCAACAGUUGAAUAUGUUGAGAAAAGUAAAAUCCUGCUUUGUAGCUCAGUCAUUGGGCAAUGGAACUUUACAUCUAUGAAAUAAAAACAUUUUCAUACAAA